AUGAUCUCCGCAGCACUCUUCAAAAAGCCAAUCGACGCGUCCAGCAUGCUCGACAAGUCGUACCUGUCGGAGCUGCGCCACCCAUGCGGGGGCGGCCAUGAUGACUGCGGUACGACUGCGAUCGACGACCGACCCGGACGCCGCCGGAGCGGGCUACGAAGAGCGGCUCGAUGGGUGAAGGAGAAGUUGGAGUGGUGGUUGAGAGAUCGAGGCAUAGAUCGGUAUGACAAAUUUGUGGAAGGAGUCGUCCAGACGCGCAAGCAGACGGACGACCCGGUACGCAAAUCCCCUAAGAAAGUACGUUUCGGACGGGCCACACGAUUUAUGUCGACCGGCGAGACGAUUUACGAUCCUCGGGAAAGAGCGAUGGUUAUGGGGACGCUGAGCAAGAGGAGGAAAGGGUUAAAAUAA